GGCACAUGAGAACCUCAGUUCUUGCUGGACACAAAAGUGCAGUGAGAAGUAGAAGAACUACUUCGAGGACCUGGGGCCCGAUUGGAGGAGUGCGGUUAAAGAGAGACCACUGUAGCACUUUUCUCACAACAAAGAGGUAAGAGUGAAAAACACCAUGGGAGGUGGCGAGAGGUACAACAUUCCAGUUUCCCACCCUGAGAGAUCUUUAUCUAAGAAGAACCACCCACUUGGCCGGGCUAAGCAGAGGAGCCGUGAGCAGAACGGGUCAGCUGUGGCAGCAUCUGCAGGGAGUGCAGGGGGCCUUCACCACAGUCAUCGUCGUAGUGACAAAGGUGCAGUGUACCACAGGUCUCCUGAGGCGCGGCAGGCCGCGUCUGCAGACAAGAAUGCCUCUGUCCGUUUUGCCAUCAGCUAUGAUAAGAACUGGGAGGGGGCCGUGUCUCACCUCACCACGCUCCUGAGCACCCAAGGAAGUCCAAGCUACGCAGGGCCCAAGUUCAGUGAACCACCAUCGCCCAGCGUCCUGCCGAAACCCCCCAGUCACUGGGUGUCCUUUCCCAUGGGUGCCUGUGACAGUCGGGAGAUCAUGGCUUUCCAGCUCAAGAGCCUUCUGAAGGUGGAGGCGUGAGGCACACAUGUUUUGAUGUUUAAACUGGCCAAUGAACUGGGACUCUGAGGGCACACACCCAUCAGGAACACCUCAGUGCUGUAAUACUUUUACCUCUUUUAGAUUUGACCUUCAGACUAGGGGAUGUUUGCAGAUACUAUGCUGUAAAUGCUAACUCUGUUCCCUUUUUAACUCAAAGAACAAUUACAGCAUUGCAGCCUUGCUGGUAGGUGAUGUCUCUGAAGGAGUCAUCUUCUGUGACUAAUGAUAAACUGGGUAUCCUUUGUAGUACUUUGAUUUUGUAUUUUUUAUGUUGGCUAUCAAGGCAGAUUUGAGUGUCAGUUUAUUUUACAUCAACAGUUAAAUUUCAGAUUAGUUCCCGUAAGUGCAGUCUAUUUCCAAACAGCUUUUUGUUUGACAUUCUUAGUCCCCCUUUUCUAUUCCAGUGCUAAUACAAAUUCACAUUUGUAGCCAGUAGCUAGGUUUUUGUUUUACUUAUUGCUCUAUUAGUGACACUCAAACUGCAAUUCUGCAGGGACAAGGCUAUCUUACUGGUAGAGAUGAGCUAUAAGCUAGUGAGUAUAGGUCAAAAGUGUAACCUCAAACAGAAGGGUGAAGAGACCAUGGCACAGAGACCUUGGGCUUUGAACUCCUGUAUAUUUUUAUUGCGCUGUGCGCAUAUGCACUAUAGGAGUUGGCUCGGAGGGCUGCUACACUCUAUCAUAGCAUUAUUUUGUACAUGUUUUUGUUGUUGAAAGACAUGAAAUGCUGUGUGAACCAAAGCAAUUAUUUUGCUCAGUUGUGUUGCCCAGUAUUGUCAGUCAGUUUAUCCAGAUUAACCCAACUAUUAGGUAGUUGGGGCAGGUCAUCCUGACUGUUGUAAUCCUUAUGUUGUGCCCCCAGACUUUGCCUACAAGGAGCCGUGCAGCAGCUCAGCAGGCGGAAGAGGGCCAGGGUUAAGUGUAAGAUUGUUGAAUUUUGUUCUUACUCUGGUCCUGUUGGCUGCUCGCACCUGUUUAAGGCCAGGCAAAGCUGUGGAGACUCCUGAAGUGAUGAGGCCUAAGGGACACAACAGUGGCUGGUGUUUGUUUACAAAACGGGUGACCAUCGCAUCAACAGACACUUGCUGCCUUGUUUACCCUGUGCACUGCAAUCAGAUUUUGAGUUACAGGUCAGAAUGCUAUUAGAAUGAUGGAGGCUUAAUCAAUCAACUAUGUCCUCUCACUUUUUGAAUCCUCUGUUGAGGCACUUGUUGCUUUCUCUGUGCAGAAUUGGAGCUGUUACAGCCAGCCUAGAGAAGUCAAAACAAAGUAUGAACUUGACAAAUAUUAAAGAGCCAUGUAAAUAAUGAAAUGUAUAAAGUACUUGUAGCAUAUGUACAUUUGCAGGUCAGUUUUGAUCUGCUUGACAAAAGUAUUUUUAGUAAUAACACUGAAUGUAUAAGACAUGCUAAGGUCAUGUCUUGACUUCAAUACUGAAGAAUAUUUUUGUUAAAAAAAUGCCUAUAGCAUUUCUCAGCACCCGUGCACUGUUAUUCCCAGAAAUGUUGCACACAUUUUUUAUUGUUUUAUAUUAUGCACAGUGUAGGGUGAAAGAUGCUAUGUGCAAACAAAUACUAAAUAAACAUGAGUAAAAUUUUUAAAUUGAAAUUGGACCAGUGGAGACUUGCUUAUGUUUGGAUCUGGGUAUGAAUGUGCUUACAUCAUGUGAGCUUGUAUUUUGCUGUAUUGACCCAUUUGUGCCUAAGUUGAUGCUGAAAACUGCUGCAGUCCAUUUGUAUUUGGGAGUACCACAGAUCGACCAAAUGUUGUGAAGCACCUGACUGGCAGCUGCUCUUCCGCCAGCUCACAGUCGAGCGCUUUUACCACUUUGUAUUUGUUCUCUUGUUCACAUUUUAUUUCCUGUUUGGUUGGGUCCUGCAUAGCAAUGUCUCCUUCUAAAUUUAACCUUGACUAAUUGGCUUUGAAUUUCUCCCCCUAUGAAAUGUCACUGAAAAUGAAAUGGAAAUGAAGUAUGUCCUUUUUGAGAUUGGUAACUAUUGGUAAUGUUUUUAAAAAAAAAAAAAUAUUAA